AUGGCUUCCUCCCUGUCGCUAACUUCCGACGUUGUUUCAAAGCAAUUGCGGGUUCUGGACAGCAGCAGUUCCGUCUCGUCUAGCAGCCUAUUAAAGAGUCAAUUCGCCAGCAGCACGCGCAGCGCUGCCAGCGCGCGCGUGUGUGUGCGAUGCAGCGCGACGGAUGAUGGUCGCAGCGCGGCCACGGUCGUUAAUGGCGCGUCGCACUCGUCCGCCACCGCGGACCUCCCUUCGCGCUACCGCAGCGCCAUGGAGCGAUCGCGCGCAAUCGCGAUGCACAAGGCCGACGAGGCCGCCGCCGAGGCUUCGCGGGAUGCGCCGGUGGCGGCGGCGGCGCCGGUGGUGCUGGAGCGCGUGAGACUGGUGGCGGGCCAGGAGGAGUGCGGCGGGUGCGAGGCGGCGGGGUCGGUGCCUUGCGCGACAUGCGCGGCGUCCGGGUUGUACGUGGAUCCUAUCAUGGAGUGCCAAGGCAUCAUCGUCAAAGUGCGCUGCCUCGGCUGUGGUGGUUCGGGCUCUCUUCUUUGCCCGAAGUGUGGUGGACGCGGUCAUAAGUAA